CUCCCCCUCUCUUAGCCAGUGCUAAAGUGAGAGUGUUAUGUCAGCUCUUGCUUUAGGGUGCACUGUUUUACACUCAGGGCAACAACGCAGUGACAGAUCGGACGUUUUAAGUGGUCACUGAAGGCAAAGCGUGGUCAACAUGAACAACGAAGUCGUCGAUGAAAUCGAAGAGACACAUGAACUCGUAAAGGAGUCCUUGGAAAAGCUGAAGCAACUUAUCGCUGGUGAAGAGUCGUUGAGUUGCCCCGAAGAGGACGAUUUUUUGCUGAAGUUCUUGCGUGUUCGGAAGUACGAUGCUGAGGCUGCAUUUCAGAACAUUCGGAAGUACUUCAAAGUCAGAGAGGAGGUUGGCGACAUUUUUGACAAUUUCUGUCCCUCCGGCAUUCUCUACGACACCAUUUGCCGACAGCACAAACUCGUGAUGGUGUCCCGAGAGCGUGAUCCCUUCGGUCGAGCCGUCAUAGUGAUGAGAACAGGGCCCUGGAAUCCAUCAGUGUGCACGCUAAACCAAUUUAUUAAAGCGUGCCUGGUUGUUCUCGAGUGGGUGCUCCUUGACGAGGAUGUUCAAAAGCGCGGCGUUGUGUACGUGCUCGACUACAAAGGUCUUGGCUUGGAACAUCUGUUACACCUAACGCCAUCCGUCAUGAGGAGGGUAGUGCACAUUUCAGAGAAAUGCUUUCCUAUGCGUGUGAAGGCCAUUUACGUUAUCAACGAUUCACCCGUGUUUGAUAUCCUAUUUGCAAUCACGAAGCCUUUCAUGAACCGCACUCUGGUGGAAAGGAUACACAUGAUUGGCUACGAACUUCCCAAACUACACGGCAUCGUUCCGGCUGACUGUAUUCCAGAAGAGGCAGGAGGAACGUUUGAGAGUUACGACUACAAUGAACUAGAGAAAGACCUGCGCAGCCAGAGACAGUAUUUUGAAUAUCUGAGUCUUCACGGCUAUGGAAAGGAGAACACCGAGUUUUGAUACAACAACCAAGAAUCCUUAUCUUUUGCGUCUUUCUUUUGUACAGCUGCAAUAAUAUUUUGUAUA